AUGAGUCGUGUCCAUCGCUUGCUUUAUCGUGGUGACUACUUAGAGUUUGCGGGUGCUGGAGUGCCAGUCCACAUGGCUGCUAUGUUCGAGAUCCUGACUGAUGAGCUGUUAGAGAUGGCAGGUAACGCAAGGCGCCACCUGAAACUGGCCACUCGCAACGGCGAUGAGUUAAACAGGCUACUUACCGGUAUCACAAUCGCGCAGGGUGGCUGGCUUCGAUGCAGAUGUCGAUCGACGGGAUGCUGA